AAGUCGGAAUGAUUUUGGCGGUGCACUCAAAGGUCAAAACAACCCCGUUAUUAAGACGCAUGCGCCGUGCAUUCUAACAUCAUAUAAUCAUGUUUUAAAAGUCGGCUAAAUUCUCAAUUUUUCUGUAUUAGUUGACAGUCUAUCAUGUCGGAAGAUGAGCUUCCCCCGGAGAGUUCGGGUCAGCGUGCGGCGGGGACCACCCGCAGCCGGCGGGGUGUGCUGCUGACGGGGCUGCUGGGAGGUUCUCUGCUCGGCAUCUACUUGCUGACUACACCCUUCUUGCUGCCGGCCCUCAGGAAAGUCUGCCUACCGUUUGUCCCCGCCACCCCCGCCCAGGUGCACAAUGUCCUGCGGGCACUGCGGGCCAGCUCCGGCACUCUGGUGGACAUUGGCAGCGGAGAUGGGAGGAUUGUGAUCGCAGCAGCAAGGCGUGGAUUUCAGGCCUCGGGCUUUGAGUUGAACCCCUGGCUGGUGUGGUACUCUCGCUACAAGGCCUGGAGGGAAGGAGUCCACCACUCCACCUCCUUUCACAUCUCCGACUUAUGGAAGGUCAGCUUUGCACAAUACUCCAACGUUGUCAUAUUUGGAGUGCCUCAAAUGAUGGACCAACUGGAGCUGAAGCUGGAGAAGGAGUUACCCAGCUGCGCUAAGGUGGUGGCCUGCAGAUUCCCCUUUCCCAACUGGGUCCCUGAACACACCGCCGGGGAGGGCAUGGACACUGUGUGGGUGUAUGAAGCCGGGUCCUUUAAGUCACACAGGGCCGAGGAACACAACGUCACACUUUUGCAAGGACAGUAAGUUGAAGAGUCCACAUGAUGAACAAGAGAGGACCUAAGACGGAGCCUUGAGGAACACCACUCGUGUAACUGAAGAAAUUGAGUGCAUGUGAAGUAAACAAGCUACUGCAACACGUAAGUUCCAUAAAUCACAUUAUUUUAAACAUUUAAAAAGGAGAGGACUUAAAGGGGUGCCUUGAGGAACGCCUCAGUUAUGUCAAUCCCAAGUUUGGACCCCAGUGUUCUACGUUGGCUAGCAGGGUUCAAAUGUCAAUGCGGGGAUCUGCCCAUGGGUUUUUCCGCUUGUCCAAGCUCCUCUAUACUGUACAACCUUGGAGUUUGAUAUUUUUCAUUUUUAAAACCAAUACAAGAUACUGAUUAUUAUUAUUUUUUAACCAUUAGGGUUCCCUUCAAGUUGGGUGCCAUGGACCCAGAUAGGUCUUACUAUACUUUUUUUUUUUUUUUUUAAAUAAGCUAAAAUCUCCAGAUCAGCGGUGUUCAAAUUUUUUCCAGUGAGGGGCCCCGUAAAUAAAAAUUGAAGGACACAGGGGCCACUUUGAUUCAUUUUUGUACAGUAAAAAAACUACAAAGAAUGCUAAUCAAUAAAUAAAUGCUAAACUAUCGCAA